CUCAUUUAGGAACCAAGACGCCUGAUGCUGAAGCCAGCGGUCGCCAAGAUCAGUCUGCAAAUCCCAUGAAGGCUCUGGAUAAACUUGAGAACUGUGAUUUCCAACACAAGUGAGCACGUAAGAGGAGUGUGUGGUGCCAGCAACAGAUGCAGACACACACACACACACAUACACACAGUGUAAGUACUUCCUCCUUCAGGCUGAUCUGAAAGUACAUCAUCGCAAUGGGGCCAAGAAGACACACAGAGGCCUGGACUGUGUGGCCAUUCAAGCCAUGGAAGAGUCAGCCACACAUCUUCUCUCCCUUCCUGUGGACCCCUGUCCUCUUCUUGUUCAUGGGACCUGGAGCCUCUGGAGAGGACUCAGCUCAAAGACUGAAAGUGGCAGGAACGCCAGGGGGUUCGGUAACUUUCCGCCUCAACAUCUCGGUGGACACACAGAUUGAGAAUGUUGUCUGGAAUGGUCCUCAUAGUAGUCUUUGUUUAGCCUCAUCAAAAGGAGAUGUUAACCUCAUGGACAAAAUCUACGAGGGCCUAAAUAUCCUCCGCCCUGGCUAUUCUUUGUCUCUCUACAACCUGACCCUGAAAGAUGCAGGAUCCUACAAAGCCCAGAUAAACCGAAAUGGUUCUAAAGUCACCACUUAUGAAGAAUUUACCCUAGGUAUCUACGAGCAGCUACAGAAGCCCCAAGUCACUCUAAAGUCUGUGGCUGAGUCUGAGAACGCCUCAUGUACCAUCACCUUGAUCUGCUCUGUGCAAGGGGAAGGGAAAGACAUUGACUACAGCUGGGCCCUCGAGGGCCACAAUGAUUCUGAAUCCUCCAUGAGCUCCACUCUCACCAUCUCCUGGGUACCCUGUGGCCAAGACCUGCAUAGGUCCUAUACAUGCACAGCCCGGAACCCAGUCAGCAAGAGAAACUCCGACCCUGUCUUUGCCCAGCAGUUCUGUACAGAUGUAGGAGGACCAGUGGAGGAGACAGUGGGACUCCUGGGGGAGUCCACCACCCUGCGCCUGUCACUCCCAGCCAGUCAGGACAUAAAGAGAGUUCUCUGGAUUUUUAACACAUCUAUUAUCAAGGCAUGGGGAGAAAUAGCCACAGUCGAACCCGUCACUCAGUCCAAGGUUCCUGACAAGAAUGAGGUAAGUGUCUCCGACCAGGACCACUCCCUGGAGAUUAAGCGACUGAGGAUGGAGAAUGCCGGCCGCUAUCACGCCUACGUGUGCUCAACGGACUCCAGAGUCACCAGUAUGAAGCAUGUCACCCUGUUCGUCUAUGGGAGGCUGAAGAAGCCAAAAGUCACCCAUAACCAGACAAUCACAGAGAAUGGCUCCUGCACAGUCCAGCUGGCGUGCUCAGUGGAGGACAAUGCACCCAAUGUGACAUACCGCUGGACCUCGUCUCUGCAGAAAGGAACUGUCCACGAGGGAUCGAACUUCAAUGCUUCCUGGAGGCUUGGAGAAAAUCACCCCAUCUUCAACUGCAUAGCCAGCAACCCUGUCAGCAACAGCUCCCAGAUGUUUGUUUCUGGGGACAUCUGUCCAGGACCUGGGACAAGCAGGAACUUUUUGAUCAUACUCCCAGUGAUGGUUUCCAUCCUUAUCUGCAUUGGGAUACUUGGAUGGUGCACUUGGAGGAAAAAAAAAAAGUGUUCAGCCUCAGUCUCCGCCCUCAGCCAAGAGAGGACUUCAGCUGUCCCAUCAGCAUAUGAGAACAUGGAUAUUCCUUCGAUGGCCACCGGGUAUCAGCAAAUGCCCCCCACAGUGAGCACCUCCUUCAGCGAUAGCACCUCUGAUGAGGAUGAGGAGAGGACAGAGAUGCAAUUGUCUGUCCAUGGCAAAGACGAGGCAUGUGUGCAGUUCACUUCAGAGGACUCUGCACUGCACUCGGCCUCUGAGAGGAAAGCAGAGUAUCACCUGGUCAUUCCAGGUGGCACGGCACCUGCAUCUGUGGUCAACGGGGGCACUCUGUAUGCUCACUUGUUACACAACUCAAAGGGAAUGGACCCAAUUCCUCAGAAGGAUGACAAUUCAGCCACAAUCUACAGCUCUGUGCAGCGUUCUCAAAAGGUGGCGCCACCACUGCAGAAUAGCCCAGAGUCUUCUGAAAUAUGCACCUAUGAAAAUUUCACUUAAAAAGAAACGCAGUGCUGUCUCCCUCCCUGCCAUCAUUGCCUGAGCUUCCUGCAGAUGGCAGGACUAAGGAAUUUCCCUUCAUGCCUCAGAGCUGCUUGGAUUUGAGCCUCUCCUCACCCCUUGCACUUUCCCCAGCCCAUGGAAGAGCGAGACACCAAAUCCAUUUAAGGCCCUGGACUUUAAAAUGUGUUUCUGCAACUGACUCCUUGCACAACACAGCUCCCCUCUCUCAGGUCAGAUGCACACUGCACCUCCAUAUCUCUGCACCUCAAGUCAACACGGUUGAAUGCACCUGGUUGGAGCUGCCGUCACACCAUCUACUAAACAGUCACUCAAGAAAAUCCCCACGUGAAGACAGAGGUCUUGGUAAAAUCAUGUGCUCUGCAGCAAUUUUUAGGGCCAGAAAUAACCCAAAUGUCCAUUUAGCGAGAAUCCAGCUAAAUACAUGAGAGCAGAAUGCUUGCUCCUUUGUGAAGGACAGAAAGCCUGACAUGUGCUCAUGGAGAUGGGCUCUGAGGCUCUGAGAUGGACUCCACUGGAAGGUGGAGAGACAGUGCAGGCCAGUGUGCACUGUUCACUGCCAGGUGGGUUUUUUAAAAUGUAUAUCUGAUAAACUCAUGCCACUCACAGCAACAUGGAUGGAGCUGGAAGGGAUUAUGCUCAGUGAAAUAAGCCAGAAGGAAUAAGAGAAGUAUCAGGUGAUUUCACUUAUUGAAGGAACAUAGGGAAACCAGACAAGGGAUCAGAAAAACAAAAAGACAGAGCCAGCAGGCAAACUGUAAAUCAGAGACAUUCGCAGGGGAGGUGGGGAGAGAGCAAAACAGGAGGAAAGAGCACAAGAGUCCAUGGUGACCAUUCACAGGUGUCUUGGUGGUGGCAAUUUUAUGGGCACAAUACCUGAGAGGAGAAAUCAAACUGUAUACAAAUGAACUUCUGGUGGCGCAAGGGGUUAAGAUGCAACCUAUGAGCUAUCGUAGCCACUGCAGCACCAAUUCGAUCCCGGUCCAGGGAGAUACCCACAUGGUGCUGCAGACCUCUCCGGUCUCACCCACUGUCCCCCUCAGCAGUGAAUUUCAGUAGAUCCACCUCUUCUGUUCCCCACUAUGUCUCUGGGAAUCCUCUCACCCUCCACAUCUCUGGCCUGUACCCCGGGUCUUAU